AUGGAUGUCCCCGAGCCCGAACAGUCGCCCUUCACGGCCGUGUCUGUCCACACGUCCAAGAUCACCCGGCAAUAUCAAGCCUACCUCGACGCCUCAACCCCGUACGCAACCUACCGCUGGGUCGGAUCCGGCGCACUCCUCUUCCUGUUCUUCCUGCGCAUUAUCUUCGCACAGGGCUGGUAUAUCGUGGCCUAUACUCUCGGCAUCUACCUCCUGAACCUCUUCCUUGCCUUCCUUACUCCCAAGUUCGACCCCUCUCUCACUCAAGAUGAAGGUCUCGAGGACGGUGAUGCGGGGUCCCCCAGCCUCCCCACCAAGAAGGACGAGGAAUUCCGUCCCUUCAUCCGUCGCCUGCCUGAAUUCAAGUUCUGGCACUCCGCCACUCGCGCUAUCGCCAUCGGAUUCGUCUGCGCCUGGUUGCCCAUGUUCGACAUUCCCGUCUUCUGGCCCGUCCUAGUCGUCUACUGGAUCAUCCUUUUCGUGUUGACGAUGCGACGACAAAUCCAACACAUGAUCAAGUACCGCUAUGUACCAUUCUCUUUCGGAAAGACGCGCUAUGGCCGCUCAUAG